AUGCAGAUUCUGAAAGUGUUACUGGUAGUGCUGCUCGUGGUGAAUCUGACCACCGGGUUUUUCUUUAAGAAGAAGAAAAAAGUGUACGUCCAUCAUCCAGCACCGGCGCACCCACAAUACACCGCACCAUAUCCGUACACCUACAGCCAUUACUAUCAACCUGCCCCGUACUACCACUAUGCACCUGUACACGCUGCCCCAGCGGCUCCUUCUGUUCCUGCUGCCCCCGUAGCUCCAGCCCCACCAGCUGCUCCUGCCGUCGUUCCUAUUCCUGCAGCUCCACCGGCACCGGUACCGAGUACCGAUUCAUCGCCAGUAACGCAUCUGUCCAGCAAGCAGGCACUGCCCGUCUUCGAGCCGGCAAGCUUCAACACUGGUGCAUCGAAAAAUGUAGAGAUCGUACCAUCGCUCGGAUUCCAAAUGGGUACAAAAACUGAUUUUAUAGAGAUCUACAAAUCGGAGGGCAAAUACAUUGAGUUACCAUCGGAGACCGUUCCAAUCGAUGAUGUCGAUAGCAUUGCACCAAUCGUGCCCUCGGCUAUCCCGAACGUUGCUGGCGGAGUGACAACUUUAAUCCACUUGAACAGUGCCGUACCCGAAAAAUCGGACCCCUUACCGAUCCUGGUGCCCAACGCGGAAACGACCGUGAUUGACAGCACCGGUAACGCUCCAGCCAUUCGCAUUGACGCUGAAGACGCAGAGCCGAUAACGAUAGAUGAAAAAGUUGAGGUACCGCCGCAGUCCGUUGAAAUCACUGAGGCCAUCAGUUCUGCGCCGCUAAUUGAGACAGUUGUUGAGGAUGAAAUCUCAACCACCGAGGCUGCAAUUGCAGCUGUAUCAAACGAUGCGCCACCAUCCAAUGUUGUGCUGCUCAACACGGGUGAUUCGGUGCAGGUCAGCCCUUCGGCAGAAACCGGUGAGCUAGGUUCAACACCGUUGGAUGUACUUCAAUUCCCUGAGGUUCAGCAACUACUUAACGAGCUUAUAAAAAACGAGGAGUUUGAUGGAAAACGGUUUAAUGUUGGUACCAUAACUGACGGUGACCUUCAAUCAUCGAAGACGGUUGAAAUUGAUCCCCAGGUCAGCUAUAGCCGAGUAGUGCGCCAAUAA